AUGGAUCUCGCCUAUAACAGGACAUUGGUCACUGAGGUCAUUCUCCUUGGAUUCUCCAACAAUUCUAAGAUUAAUCUUGCACUCUUCUUUUUCUUUUUGGCCAUCUAUUUGGUAACCAUAUUCGGCAAUGGCUUCAUGAUGUGCGUCAUCAUCGUCAGUGCUCAUUUACACAUCCCCAUGUACUUUUUUCUAUGUAAUUUAGCUUUUAUAGACUUUUUUUACUCUUCAUCGACUGUUCCGAAACUUCUGGUGGACCUCUUGUUUCCUGUGGAAGAACAUAAACUUGUUUGCGGCAUUCAAGUCUUUGUUGGGCUUUUUCUUGGAAACACGGAGAGCUUGCUGCUUGUUGUCAUGGCGUAUGACCGAUAUGUGGCCAUAUGUAGACCCCUCUACUAUCCGGUCCUUAUGAGGUGGAGCGUUUGCUAUAGACUUAUUGCCAUUGUGUGGGUAUGCAGCUUCAUGACCACAGUGGUUCCUUCCCUAUUGAUGCCAAUGAGGGCUUGUAACCCAAAUCGGAUCAACCACAUUGCUUGUGAGGUCCUCGCGGUCAUAAAGUUGUCCUGUGAUAGCACUCACCAGAAUGAAGUUGUGAUAUUGUCUCUCAGUUUUUUCUCUCUUCUCGUUCCCUUUGUCUUUAUUAUACUAUCUUACAUAUUCAUUAUAUCCUCCGUGUUAAAGAUCCGAUCGGCCGGGAGGUCUAAAGCCUUCUCUACAUGUAGCUCCCAUCUUACCGUGGUGAUCUUGUUCUAUGGAACAGCGAUGAUCAUGUACUUUGGACCUGGUUCACAUUACGCAUCCAAUGAAGCAAAAUAUAUUUCUGUUUUUUAUGGGAUUAUGAUUCCGAUGUUAAAUCCUCUGAUUUACAGUCUGAAAAACAAAGAGGUGACCAAAAUUUUAUUAGUAAAAAAGACAAUAACAGAUUCCCGUGCUGGACUUUAA